AUGUUCAAGCCAUCAAUUGUAUCCAUUUUCCUUGUAUUGCUAAUGGCCACUGCACAACUGGGGACGAUCAUGGCAGCUGUUGAUCCUGCAAUGGCCAGAGAAAAAGCAGUACUUGAAUUAUACCUUCACGAUAUUCUUGGCGGCAGUAGUCCCACAGCAAGGCCAAUCAGCGGCCUGCUUGGUAACAUUUACGGUUGCCAGGUCCCAUUCGCAAGGCCAGCAGGAUUUCUUCCACCCAAGAGUGGGAUAGCCAUCCCCAAUGCCAAUGGUGCCAUUCCAACAGUCAACGCUAAUGGCAUUCCCCUCGGAACUGGCCUGGCAGGUACAAAUUUCGCUGGAAUCCCUAAUGGCCAAAACCAAAAUGGUGGGAUAACCACCCAACAAGUAGGAGCAGAUGGGUUGGGACUAGGCUUCGGAACAAUCACUGUCAUCGAUGAUGUGCUCACAUCCGGGCCUGAGUUGGGAUCACAGACAAUAGGAAAAGCCCAAGGAGUAUAUGUAGCAAGCUCCACAGAUGGAACCAUACAGAUGAUGGCAUUCUCAGCAAUGAUGGAAGGAGGGGAGUAUGGAGAUAGCCUCAACUUCUUUGGAGCAUACAAGAUAGGGAAUGCCAUGUCCCGUUUGUCAGUGACAGGUGGGACUGGCAAGUUCAAGAAUUCUUGUGGGUUUGCUGAGGUUCGCUCACUGAUACCAUCAGGCCAACAUUUCACGGAUGGUACAGAGACCCUGCUGAGGAUCACUGUCCACCUGAGCCAGAGCUACUGA